GGGACACAGAAUUGUUACUCAGGGACAGACACAGAAUUGUUACUGAGGGACACAGAAUUGUUACUGAGGGACACAGAACUGUUACUCAGGGACACUGAAAUUGUUACUCAGGGACACAGAACUGUUACUCAGGGACACAGAAUUGUUACUCAGGGACACAGAAUUGUUACUCAGGGACACAGAACUGUUACUCAGGGACACAAAAUUGUUACUCAGGGGACACAGAAUUGUUACUGAGGGGACACAGAAUUGUUACUGAGGGACACAGAAUUGUUACUCAGGGACAGACACAGAAUUGUUACUGAGGGACACAGAAUUGUUACUGAGGGACACAGAAUUGUUACUGAGGGACACAGAAUUGUUACUGAGGGACACAGAAAUUGUUACUCAGG